CGUGCAUCGCGCGCGUAUUUACGUUUUUCGUUUGAUCUAAUUUAUAUUCAUCAUUAUUCCGAAGAAAUUAAACGUGUUUUUAGCUUUAUAGAGUUUGUAAAUCAUCAGAACAAUGAGUGACGAUGAAAUUACUAUAAUGGAGGUCGACGAGCCGGAGCCGAAGGCGUCGAAAGCGAGCCAGAGCAAGCCGGCUGGACACCUGCCGUGGAUCGAGAAGUACCGGCCACAGACAUUUGCAGACAUCGUUGGGAAUGAGGAUACUGUGGCGCGGCUGGCCGUGUUCGCGCGCACAGGGAAUGCGCCGAACAUUAUCAUCGCAGGGCCGCCUGGUGUGGGCAAGACCACGACGAUCCUGUGCUUGGCUCGCGCGCUGCUAGGCCCUGCGUUUAAGGACGCCGUGCUCGAACUCAAUGCUUCCAAUGACCGCGGCAUCGACGUCGUGCGCAACAAGAUCAAGAUGUUCGCACAGCAGAAGGUCACACUGCCACCAGGAAGACACAAGAUCGUCAUUCUAGAUGAGGCAGACAGCAUGACAGAGGGCGCCCAGCAGGCCCUGCGUCGGACCAUGGAGCUAUACUCAGCCACCACACGCUUCGCUCUAGCUGCCAACACCUCGGAGAAGAUCAUAGAGCCUAUACAGUCUCGGUGUGCUGUGCUACGGUACUCUAAGCUUACGGAUGCUCAGAUACUUGCUAAGGUGGUAGAGGUGUGCGAAAAAGAGCAGCUAUCCUACACAGAAGAAGGUGUGAGCGCUGUAGUGUUCACUGCGCAGGGCGACCUCCGCGCCGCACUCAACAACUUACAAGCCACGGCGCAGGGCUUCCGACAUGUGGCGCCUGAUAGCGUGUUCAAAGUGUGUGAUGAACCACACCCCAUGCUCGUGAGGGGUAUGCUGGAGGCUUGCACGAGGCAGGAUAUACAUGAGGCGUAUAAGGUAAUCGCAAAACUGUGCAAGCUCGGCUACGCAGCCGAAGACAUAGUGUCCAACAUCUUCCGCGUCUGCAAGACGCUGGACGCCAGCGAGGAUCUGCGGCUCGCGUUUAUCCGCGAGGUGGGGCUGACGCACAUGCGCGUCGCCGACGGCUUGUCCGCACCGCUGCAGCUGGCCGGGCUGCUGGCGAGGAUGUGCAGGGUGGCUGGCGGGGGGGAGUCGGACUGGUGAUAGUGUGUGUGCUAGUGGACUUGUGUUACUCUAUAGCCUGAGACGUUAAACAGAACAGAAUGAAAAAUACAUAUUGCAGCUUUGUCCCUAAAUCAAUCAAUUUUAAGCUGGGACAUGUAUGUCAUGGUGGCUCAGUGUCUAACUGUUAAAUGACAAAAAAACCAUGUGCAAAAUUCAGAAAUCAUAUUAACCCUUUCGCUGGCAGUGCUCCGUCUGGCGACGUACUGUCACUGAUAGUACAGUCAAGUGCAAAAAUACGUAUCGAAAUAAUCGUCUCAUAAAUAUGGUACUACGCUCUUAUUACACCGGACUAAGAUGCUAUAGGACAUAUUUUUGAGUAAGAUGUGUAUACCCAUAUUUUUACACUUGACUGUACAUAUACGGUAUGUCCUUUCUGCAACAGUCGUUCGGCUGUCAGCGAAUGGGUUAAGUUUAUGUAACUUGAAUUUAUAGCCCUUGAAAUAACAUUCUCAAAUGCGUAAGUGCGUUUUCAUAUGUGCAUACAUUGAAAUAAGACUAUUAAGUAAAGUUAUUCCAUGUCAAACAAGGAUUGUGCUAAAGUAAUCCAUAUGUUAAGAUAUAAUAAUAAAUUGUUAUGGAUA